UAAUUGGGUGUUUAUAUAUUAAAAAGCAAAAAAAAAAAAAUGCUCUAAUAUCUUCUUAAAAAAAUUAAAUAAAAAAAAAAUUAUUUAAAUAAAUUCAUUUAUUAUAAUUAAAAUAUUGGUAUAACAAUAUUUAAACGUAUAUGUGCGUAUUGUGAGAAUAUAAUAAAUUAAUUAAUAUAAUUAUUUAAAAAAUAUAUUAAGCAUAUUAUAAACCAUUCAAGGUUAAGUUGGGAAUUUUGUGGAAAGAAUAAUAUAGUAAAUAUUCAAAAUGCAUUCGGUUGGUAUUCAUUCAGCAUUAGCCAUAAAAAGGCAACGAAAAAGACGUGAUGAACAGAAACGUGCACGCGAAAGACGUUACAGUAUUCAAAGCUCAGAAAGCUGUGAUACGUUACAUUCACCACAUGGUUCAACUAGAAGAAAAUUUCAUCAUCAUUCACACACAUCUGUAAAACGAGUUAAUCCAAUGAUGGAAAGCCAGGUGGUUACCAGCAUUGGAAUGCUCCAUAUUGGGGUUGUUUUUAUCGUUUUUGGUGUCUUUUUAUUAGGAGCUGGAAUUAUACCAGAUGAUACACCAUCAUGGGAUAUUUUUGGAUCAGGUAGCACGUGGUGGAAUGAAGUAACAUGCACUGGUUUAUUUUCAUUUGGUUUAGGUGUAUUUUUAUUAGUUUUAAAUUGUUUAAUUAGCCGUAAAGAAGAAGAAGAUUUGGAAGAUUAUGUUCAAAGACAAUUGACAAGAUCACGUUCUGGUCAUCGUUUAGAACGUGAUGCUGAAACUGGUGUAUUAACAACCAGACAUACACGUAAAGCAUUAGCAUUACAAAAUACAACACCAAAUGGUGGUAGUUGUUCAGAUAAUUUAUCACAAGCAGCAACACCAGUUACAAGUGAAAUGGUUACACCGACAACGCCAGUUGGUUUAGGAAACUCUGGUGAAAUUCUACUGGAAAAAAUUACUGAAGAAGAUAGCAGCUAUGGUACAAGUGAUGAUCGUGUUUCAUCUGGUAUAUCACCGACUGGCCCAAAUUAUGAUAAAAAACAUCUACUAGGGAAUGGUUAUAUGAGCGCAUCAACGCAUAUAACAAGAAUAUAAAAUUAAAUUUUAAUUUAAACAAAUUACAAAUUAUAAAUAUAAAAUAAUUGAAGUGAUGAUAUUUAAAUAAAAAAAAAAAAUUAUUUUUAAAAUUAUUUUAUUAAAUUUUAUUUAAUUUGAAUACAUUUAAUUUUUGUUUUACUUAAUUUCAUAUGCAUAUCUAUAUUAUUUAAUUUUAAUUUUUUUCAUAUCAAAUUAAUAGUAUAUUUAAAAAUAUAUUAUAUUUUCAAAAAUUAUUUUAUAGAAUUAUAAAAAAUUAUAUUGAAUUGCAUAUUAAGAAACGCUAUCAAAAAUUUUAAAAAAUUUCGAAAAAUUAAUAUUAAAAAAAUUUUUUGUUAAAAUUUUAAAUUUUUAAAUUUAUUUUGAUUUAAUUUAAAGUAUAAAUUUUACCAUAAAUUAUAAAAUAUUAAAAACU